AAACCAUCCUCAAGCCUCACCCUCCUAAGUGCUGAGAUUGUGGAUCUGCAUGUCCAGCUCCUGCAGGUAGAUCUCAUGGAGGGAAAGAGAGUUACAAUAAUUACAGCCCAAUGAAAAGGAGGAAGGCUGGCUGCUACAAACUAGACCCAGAAAAGAGGAGUGUCCAGCAUAGACCUUUACUGCUUUAUGUCUCCCCUAUCACCAACCUCACAACCAACUCAGAAUCUAUUUAAAAUGAAACAAGGGAUAAGGCAAGUUCCCCUCUUGGUCAGGCUUAGGUCCCUUAUAGUCAACAUGUUUAGUGCCCAGUGUCCCCCACCUGUCACUGCCUCCUAGAACCCAUCUUCCCCGGCUAUCAGCUCCAGCUCAGGCCUCAGCAUUGCACAGCCUCCUGGAUUCCCUUGCCAUAGAGCUGCCCCUCAUUUGGGUCCCUUUUUCUCUCAGCUCAGGAAAUAAGCUGUGGAAGAUGCUGGCUGCAAGGACCUGCUCUCUGCUGCUGGUGCUUCUGUUCCUGGCAGUGGGCCUGGGAGAGGAGGAAAAGGCUCAGUCCAGAUCUCAUGCUAAAUUUGGUGGCUCCCGAGGCCCAAGGUAUGCGGAAGGGACUUUCAUCAGUGACUACAGUAUCACCAUGGACAAGAUCCGCCAGCAGGACUUUGUGAACUGGCUGCUGGCCCAGAAGGGGAGGAAGAAUGACUGGAAACACAACAUUACCCAGAGGGAGGCCCAAGCCCUGGGGCUAGCCAGGCGAUCUCAGAGGAAUGAGGAGGCCACCGGGGAGCAGCAGAGCUCCCUGCCCAAGGACUUCAGUAGUGAAGAUGUGAUGAAGGAGCUACUGAUUCAAGAGCUGCUGGCCUGGAUGGUGGACCAGACGGAACUCUGCAGCCUCAGGUCGGGGAGUGUGUGGGUUUGAGCAUGUCAAGCAAUAGGUAGGAGCUUCAGCUCUGGGUCA